AUGGCAUCGGCAGUGCGGCGUUCCUUCGAGCCUCUCCCCUGGGCCACCAUAAAGUCAGACUGCGUCGCCACUCUUCGGAAACAAGCUGGCGCGAAUCCACCGCUUGGGCCGCCUGUCGCUGGUGCGGCUGAUCGGCUGCGACACCGCAGUGGCGACGUUGCUCUCCUUGCGUCUCGGCUGCUCGAGGUAGAUGGGGAAUGGCUGGCAGCAUGGUCAUCGUCGCAGGCGAUAUCCCUCGAUGAUGCAGCAAAGCAAAUUGUGCAGAAAUUCAAGGAGGCAGAAAGAAGACUGACUGCCACGCCGAUCCCAGAGGCCUUGCCCAACUUGGAGCUCUUGCCCGAAGCUGCUCUGCCUAUGGAGCUUCCAGCUGCUCCGAACGCUGCGGAGACGGGCGAGAACGAAGCGUGUGAGCCUCGCGUGAAGCGCCUUCGGCAUUCCCAUACGGGGCCGUCCCAGCUUCUGCGCCUCGCUGCCAGUGCAGUUGCAUCCAGCAGCACGCAAAUCCGCACUGCUGCCACUUACAACAAGGGCAGGAGCUUUGCCAAUUGCUGCGACACGAAGUUUUCGAGCUUCUACAGCCAUCCGGCUCGACAGGAAAACAGAGCACCCUGUCUCCACGCCUUGAUCAUUUCCUGCGGCAUGUCGCUGGAGAGGAUUCUACAAGCUGCUGGAAGCAACUGCAUCCCUUUGCUGGGGAUAGCUGGCACGGUGCCGCUGCUGCGAUGCAGCAGGAAUUGCUUGGCCACCGGCCAAGGUGUUCAAGGCACUUCGCCUCGGGUCUAUAUCGCGAGCAGCCUCCAUCGCGCAAGAAGCGUGUUGAAGCCUCUCCUCGACGGGCGCUUGCGGUUGCCUGGCUUUCAUGCCCCAGGAUUUCCAGUUUACGUUGAACCAUCCUGCCCACAGAGAGCCUUUUGGUUGAACCCAAACUCACAUCCGUGGUACCGCCGCCUCGGCAGCGAGAACCGCAUGAUUGAGUGGCUGUACGACACAGACCUUCUGGCCUUCACCCCUGCAGAAGCCGUCCUGAUCAUGAAUGCGUGGUCUCCGUACCUCCGAGCCGAAGGGGCCCAUCUCAGCGACUUCUUCCAGGAUGCCAGAGCCAGGUUCUUCUAUACGCCCUGCCACAGCCAAACCACUGAAGACGAAGCCGGGCCUCUGAGCGAACUUCCUGCAAGUCUCGUUAUAAUCUUCACUUACUGCGGCUUCGAGGGUGUUGUUUGGGCGGGUGCAAUAGCAGACCUUCGACGCUUGCGCGACAAAGAAGAAAUACUCUCUGGACGGCCAACGCGGACAAAGAAGAAGGACUUGCCGUGCAACCACCAGGCAGAUGCCGAAGAAGAUUUGGCAGAGGACCACUUCGCUUAUCGAGUGGGGACACAGAAGGAGGACUUGCCGGAGGCCACUUUGCUUAUUCUGGGGAGAAAGAAGGAGGAAGACCAUGCGACGGCGCUGAUCUUGCGGACAGAGAAGGAGGACUUGCUGGAGGGCCAGAUCACUGAUCCUGGGGACAAAGAGCUUAUCCUGGCGACAAAGGAGGAGGAGUUGCCAGAGGGCACUUCGCUUAUCCUGGGGACAAAGAAGGAGGACUUGCCGGAGGGCCACUUCGUUUAUGAGGACUUGCUGGACGGCCAAUUCGCUUAUCCUGGGGACAAACAAGGGGGACUUGCCGGAAA